AUGGUCGACACAAAUCUGUCCCAGGAUGGCAUCCCACUCGUGAGACCGCACUCAGAUCCGACAGUGUUCAACGCGAAGGUCCCGCAGCAUCGGUUUCUGCCGCUCGGCCAGGCUGUCGACCACGUCCCGUCCGACGCUGCCGGCACUGGAACGCAGGGCGUGCAGGGUAAUGGUGCGAUGGCUGCGGCAGCGCGAUCUAACAGUUGUGGUGUGGGGAGAGAUGGCGAUGUCCCAGGGGAGGGCUUUAGGAAGGACAUCAGGGACCUGGAGGAGCUGCUGUCGAAGCUAAACCCGAUGGCCGAAGAGUUUGUGCCAUCUUCUGUGGUUACUCAUCGCGGACCUCACGUUGGUACCGAUGGGAACGUAGGCAGUGGCUAUGCAGACAAUAUGCAACAUGAUACUAUUAGUAACGGAAAUAGCGACGGCAUCGGACACGGUGGUAGACGAGUAAGCCUGCUGAUUUUUCCUUGCUCAUAUGGAUUUCUGAAUACAUUUAAUUUCAAAUCCAUCAACGUGAUUUAUUUCUCAGAAAAAGAGUAACUAUAGCCAGGGAAAACGGCGAAUGAAUAGCCGAACCAGUAUGGCACAACGAGAAGAGAUAAUCAGGAGGACAGUUUAUGUUUCUGACAUUGAUCAACAGGUAAAUGUCAUCGAGAGACACCGAACAUCUGUUAUCUUCUUCCUAUCGGCUGGAGAAUUCAGUAUAAUUCAAAAUUCUUUCUUGCUGAAAUGAGUCGUGAGUUUCAGUUGAUUCUUUGCCAUUGAUGCCUCGAAGCAGGCAUCGACAACAGGUUCCAAAUUGCGUGGACUUUUAACUUUUGGAAUCUUUUCUCUUUUUAAACGUGUGGUUAUGGCCUGCUGAUAUUCUUUAAUGGAUUCUUUUACGUUUGAUCUGAAUAUAUAUCCUCUCUACUGGUAUCUUUUGUGCUCAAUGUGUUUCCGUUAGUUCUGUAGGUUACAGAAGAGCAGCUUGCAGCACUCUUCAUCACAUGUGGGCAGGUUAGUCCAUGUUUAUUUUUGAUAAAAGAUGAAUUAGGCACUGAGCAUGCCCCCAAUGAUACAGUUGGAAUUGUACAGUUACGAUUUUCUGCAUGUGGCUAACUCCUACAGACCAUCUGGGAUUACGCACUGGACAUUUUUGGGGUUUUCUAUGCAUAAGCACAUGGUGCAUUUUUGUUCAAAGGAUUCCCCGACGUUUGAUAUUAUUUUUGCUCAUGUUCAUCCAUUUUGGUUGAUGCACAUCAAGCCUCAUGAUGCAUCUAAAAACUUUCUUUCUUUUCACACUGAAGGUUGUUGACUGUCGUGUAUGUGGUGAUCCAAAUUCUGUGCUUCGAUUUGCUUUCAUAGAGUUCACUGAUGAAGGUGAUCCUUGCUAUUUCAACUACCUAUCCAUAUAUCUUCCCAAUUUUUUUAUCCUCUGGCAUAUGGGACAGAUAUUUAUUGUUUUGAAUCCUGUUUUUUUUCUUUUAAUCCUUCAGAGGGUGCUGGGGCAGCUCUAAGCCUGUCAGGGACAAUGCUUGGUUACUACCCAGUAAGAGUUCUCCCUUCCAAGACUGCAAUUGCACCUGUUAACCCUGCAUUUUUACCCCGGGUAGGAUAUGAGCCCAUUGUUAUUUUUUGUUUUCAAAUGUUCAUUGGAAACUUAUGUCUCUUGUCAAUGAAGUUUCCAUUUUUUAUUCUUUAACUAAUAGUGGUUCCUGUGGUCAGUCUGAAGUCGAACGAGAGAUGUGUGCCAGGACCGUCUAUUGUACAAAUAUUGAUAAAAAGGUUGAUUAUAAAUGGCAUGUCUUGUCUCUACGAAAUAUUGACUCAGGCAUCAAUCCCCUGUGAAUGAAUUUUUUUUCUAUGUGGAACCAGGUUUCUCAAGCAGGUGUUAAACUCUUUUUUGAGUCAAUUUGUGGAGAGGUUCGGUUUCUAAAUCAAUCUCUCAGCUUAUUUGAAUCUUUCCCAUCGCCAUAAUAAAGGUAGAGGUUCCUGAGGUAACUUUUAAAUGAUGUAGGUGCAUCGCUUGAGGCUUCUUGGGGACUAUCAUCAUUCCACUCGCAUUGCUUUUGUUGAGUUCGUAAUGGUAUGCAUUAUUAGCCGUAGUGCAAUUAUUUCCAAUUAUGUAAUUUCAUCUUGUGUUCCUUUCCUGUUUUACAGAAGAAACACUCGCCUUACGUGGGAAUAUAUAUCAAAUCAAUGCCAUAUGUGUUGUUGGUCUGUCAAAACAUUAAAGGAAAAAUGGAUGUAUAUUAAGUAGAAACAGUAUCCCAAUUCGUACAUGCUCAUUUUGAAUGCCUUACAUUCUAAUCGUCGUGGAAAUGCGCCGGUGCUUAAAUGAAUUAUAGGUGCACGUAUGUACACAUUCUGUCAUGGUUUAUGAUUGAAAAAUAGUUUGAAGGAAUGAUAUUCAUUUGUUAUAGAGAAUUUUCUGAUACGAUUGUGUUCGUAUCAUGUCUCAUGUGUGAAGUCGAACAAGGUUUAUAAUGUGGACGAGAUUAGUUUCUAAAUAUGACCUAUCGAAGAGUGCCUUCUGCAUCGUUCCUGAUACAUGAUCUAUGCUUCUCUUCGAUGAAAAAUGAUCACUGCCAUGGGACAUCAAACCACCGGCGUAAUUUUUCCCCUUGCUUUUUUGGUGGCCAUCUGUUGUCAUUUGAUUCUACAUUUACUUCCACGCCAUCUUAGAACCUAUUUUCUUUUGGCCGCUUCCAAGUUUUCCCUGGGAAGAGUAGAGCCUCUAUUCUUCAAUUAUAAUUGUGGUUUUAUGUUAUGUAUUUUGGGGGUGGGGGGAAGAAGAGGUAACAUUCCAAGAAUUAAAGCAAACUUCUUUCUCUAUCUUUUCGCGUCUUGUUUGCUUCUUGUUUGCUUCUUGUUAGCUUCUUUUGCUUUGGUCAUCACUCUGCCUUCAUCUUUUCUGUCUUCUUCUCUCUUCUUAUCUUGCUGGCAUUCCCUGAAUUCAAGGAGACUAGAAGUGACCACUCUACUCUGUUCUGAGAAUGCCUGAUUUCAGGCAAAUGUAGGUCCUUUCUGGCCUUAUUUCCCUUUUCCUCAGAGGACACCUGCAUUAAAGACGAAGAGGUUCCCUUACCCUUUUACUUCUAGAUCACGGAUAGACUAUUCCACUGCUAGGUUGCGUGCACCAGUGGUCCCGUUGGAGCCGUACAAUAAUAAUGAGCUAUUUAAAGGAUGAAAUUAUUAAUUCACUCUUGUCACUUUUCUAGGCCCCUUCGCUUAACUUAGGAACAGCAGUGGUAGAGUACGCCGUAGGUCUUAGUCAGUGCCUGUUUGACCAUUUAUACAUAAAAUUAUUGUGUUCUGUGUCGGCUGAGAUAGUCAGGUCAGUUUUUGAAGCAUCUGGAAAUCGCAUCACUUGCAAUUCACAUGUAUUUAUUAAAUCUAUUUAAUCAACAACAAAUUCCAUAAAAGGUACUUAGAAUAUAUAAUAUAUAUUACACCAAUAUCUGGUGCCAGGAACCACAAGCCAUUUUUAAAAUGUGCAGGGAUAGCCUUCCUUUGAAAAUUAUUUUUCGUUUUUUAUGAUAUUCAGGAAGUCGUGUUGUUUGUGUUAAGUGCAUCAUUACAUCCCAAACCCCCUAUUUAUUUCAAAAUCAUGUCCACUCAGAAGAUAAAAAUCAUUAUCUUAAUAAUCGCAAAAACCUUGGGUCGAGGACUGAUUCCUUUUAAAAUGCUAUUCAACUCCUAGGUUCACACACAAAAUCCUAGGCCCCGUAAUUAUUUUGCCAUUUUUAUCACCAUUUGCCGAAAUUAGUGCCUGGUUAUUGAACUCUUGGUCACACUCUACCCAUUUCACAAUGUCUCAACACUUCCCCUAAUUUCUUGCAUGCCUUACCAUUUCUCCUUGCUCUCAUUUCCUUCUUUUCUAUCUAUGGCUUGGCAGGUGGCCUAGAUUUUUGAAGUUCUAGGGCACGCCUUUAUUUUUCUCCUCCUCUCUCUUUCUGCCUUGAUAAUAAAACAUUCCAUUUAUAACCCAAGUGGUAUAAUGACUCGGAUCAUCUUGCAGGCGGAGAGCGCGAUCGCUGCUCUCAACUGUAGCGGGGCUGUUCUUGGUUCUCUAGCCAUAAGGUUCGUUCUUCCCUUGGCCUCGGACUCCACCUGAUACUUAGCUUCUACGAGCGAUCUGUAACAGGGUUCCUAUCCCAGGGUGAGCCCAUCAAAGACCCCCGUCCGCUCGCGAGCUCCCCGGCCCUCCGUCCGCUGA